AUGGAGAACUCGUUAGUGGCAUCAGCCUCCUCAGAGGCAGGGAGCAGCCACUCUCAAGAGAUCGAGGAGCUGGAGCGUUUCAUUGACAGUUAUGUCCUGGAGUACCAGGUCCAGGGGCUGCUGAUGGAUAAAAUGGAGGGGGAUGGUGAGAGCCAGAAGACGCAGUCCCACAUCUCACAGUGGACAGCGUGUUGUAGUGAGCAGCUUGAUGGCAGCUGUUCCCUAUCCCAAGGGAAGGGCUCAUCAUCUCAUGAACACAGUCAGCCUGCAUGGGAUCACAAUUGCAGCGGGAGCUCAGGCUCCAAGCAUGGGCCCGGAUCCAGGUCUGGCAGCCAUGGAUCUCAGGGAGGGAGAAGCAGCCAGUUCAGGCAAUCAAGCAAGAAUGGCAACAAGGAGAGCUCCCUUGACAUGCUGGGCACGGACAUCUGGGCUGCCAACACCUUUGACUCCUUCAGUGGUGCGACAUGGGACUUGCAGUCUGAAAAACUAGAUUUCACCCAAUUUCACAAGAAGCUGCAAAACAACUCCAAACACCUGUUGCCUCAAAAAGACAGAGAAGGGCUUGGAAAAGGGAAAUUCGAGGAUGGUGAUAGCAUCAACUUAAACGACAUAGAGAAAGUCCUUCCAGUGUGGCAGGGAUACCAUCCACUUCCUCAUGAGUCAAAAAAUUGUAAGACGAAAAGAAUCUUCAGAAGGAGGAAUUUGAGUAGGCGGCGACAGCAGAGACUUCCUGGUGGGAACAAGUCUCAGCAGCAUGCAGAUCAUCAGCAAGGUGGCACCAAACACAACAGGGACCACCAGAAUCUUUACCAAGGAGGCCAGGCCCUUCACUCCUCAGGUAGGACAGGCCACCAUGGCUGCAGUCAGAACCGGAGAUGGCAUCACAACCAGAAGCACUUGCCCAAUGACAAAGAAACACACAGAAAUGCCAAAGAGACAGAGAACUUGAAAAUCAAGGACACCACCAUCUGUGCAGUUCAUAUUCCCUUGGAGAUGCACCGAGGCCUGGAGGAUAUGGAGAAGCAGUCUCAGCAGUACAUCCAAGAGUCAGAGACCAAGCAGAAAGACAGUAUUCAUGAUCGCAUUAGGGAAAGACCCAAGAUCAAUUUGCUUCAGUCUUCCAAAGACAGGCUGCAAAGGAGACUAAAAGAAAAGACGCCUUGUCUUUCCCUUUUCAUGGACCAGGAUGAAGUCACAGUGGAAACCACCAAUCCUGAAAAGAAUAAAAUGAACAAAUUAAUUGAAAUUCUCAAUAGCAUGAGGAACAACAGCAGUGACGUUGACUCCAAGCUCACCACAUUCAUGGAAGAGGCCCAGAACUCUACCAGCUCUGAGGAAAUGCUGGGGGAGAUAGUCAAGACCAUCUACCAGAAAGCAGUGAUGGACUGCAGCUUUGCUUCCACUGCAGCUAAGCUCUGUGACAAAAUGGCCCUCUUCAUGGUGGAAGGAACCAAAUUCCGGAGUCUACUUCUCAACAUGUUGCAGAAGGACUUCACCAUGCAGGAGGAGUUGCAGCAGCGGGAUGUGGAACGCUGGCUGGGGUUCAUCACCUUUCUCUGCCAAGUCUUCAGUACCAUGAGAAGCAGCAUGGGAGAGCCCUUUCGAGUUCUUGUCUGCCCCAUUUAUACCUGCCUCAGGGAGUUGUUACAAUCUCAGGAUGUGAAGGAAGAUGCUGUGCUUUGCUGCUCCAUGGAGCUGCAGAGCAGCGGCUGGUUACUGGAGGAGCAGCUGCCCGAGAUGAUGACAGAGCUGCUGGCGAUAGCACGUGACAAGAUGCUGUGUCCCUCUGAGUCCAUGCUGACACAGUCCCUGCUGCUGGAAGUCAUUGAGCUGCAUGCCAACAACUGGAACCCCCUGAUGCCCACCAUCACUCAGUACUACAACAAGACCAUCCAAAAACUGACAGCCUGA